GACAGACCGGAAACUGGCAAGCGGAGGAGGAUGAUGAUGGUGGUAACCCCUCACCUACAUCACCUCCUGUAAGCUCCUCAGGGCCUCCUCUCCGGCCAGCUGUCACCUCCCGGCAUUGCUCCAGCAGGCAGACACACGUAGGCGCGGAUCCGACCAGCCCCCUUCCUCCUCCGGCUCAGUGUGGAGCCUGCGACCCGCCGCCGCAGCAGCAGCAGCCCGGACAGAGCACACAGGGUGUCUCGUCCUCAGCACCACUGCACUGAGUCCCUCACUGUGUGCAGCAGCACCACGGCAGCUAUGGGACCAGAGGACAGGACGGGGACAGGCAGCCUGCUGGGACAACAGGAGCGGGUGUCUUCAGUCAUACGCAGCAGCAGCGAGGUGGAAGUGCAGCCGACUCUGGUGCACACACAGACAGGCCACCACAGUAGCAAGGUGUCCGGCUGGAGGGGUAACCUGUCUGCUCCUCUGCAGCAUCCUGCAGCCGCUGUACACCCGAGCAAAGUGCCGGUCGCUGGGGACGCCCCCUACAGCUUCAGGAGCCCGGAGUCGGUAGAGAUGGAUGAGAUCAUGGCAGCCAUGGUUCUUACCAGUUUGUCCUGCAGUCCCGUGGUCCAGACCCCCCUGCAGACAGAUCCUGGUCCAGCUGGAUCGUCGUCAUCGGUCGACAUGGAGGGUGGAGGGGGGGAGCUGUCCGACAGCGGCAGCAGUGGGUAUUGGAGCUGGGACCACAGCAGCGUUAGCCCCGCCCCCUCGCCGUCUGUCACCGAGGUGGACAGCAGCCCUGAUGAAGGCCUGCACAUGGAGCUGGACCACCGGGAGGAGCUUAGUGCCAAAAAGCCAAAGAGCUCCGUGCGAAGCGUCUACAGGUGUCUGUGGCCCAGCUGUGGCAAAGUGCUCACGUCUUCAGUGGGAAUCAAACGACACGUCCGUGUGUUGCACCUGGGCAGUGGCUCGGAUCAGUCCCAGAGGGAGGAGGACUUCUACUACACCAGGAUCUGCUGCGAGACCGUCGAGGCCAGCUCCGCUCCAACUCCAGCUCCAGUUCUGGCUCCGACUGCUUCCGCUCCUCUCAGCUGGGCUUCCUGUGGUUCCCCUUCAGGAUCGGACCUCCAGAUCCCUGAGGCUCACAGGCCAAGGUCCAACUCCAGCUCCGGACUGGUUCUGAGCAGGCCCGGUCCACUCAGCCAGUCGGCCCCCAGCAGCUUCUGGCAGAUCCACUCUGAGCAUCUUUAUCAGGCCUGUAGCCCCGUCCAAAUGUCUGUGGCCACCAGAACCCCCUGUGGUCAGGGCUGGACCCCCUCCACCUCCAUGCCAGGAAGCCACAGCAGCUCGCAGAUGGUGAAACCUCGCUGCCGGUCUGUCAGUGUCGGGGAACAGUGGCUCCAACAGAACCGACUGCAGCCCAUGACUGCGUCGCCUUCACGCACACACUGCUCCUUCAGGAAGGGGCGUGGAGAGGCCAAAAAGUGUCGUAAGGUGUACGGAGUGGAACGCAAGGAUCAGUGGUGCACGGCCUGCCGCUGGAAGAAGGCCUGUCAGCGCUUCCCCGACUAGACCCCGCUGUGGGGUGGACGAAUGAUAGUUAACGGACUUUUAUCACAGGGAAAAAAAGAAUACGUGUAAGAGCUCAAGAGCUCAAGAGCCAUCAAACAAAACAAGUUUUACGUUUCUCUGUUUUUUAUUAUUCUGUUCUUUGUUUAUAUCCUAAAAUGAAUGCAAAUAAACUUUUGUCUCUUUGCAUCCUGAUCCUCAAAACUGAAGUCUUCGAUGGUGCUGUUGAUUCACUUUGACCAUGUGAUGUGCUAAGCCCCUCCCCCUUUUUUUAUCCAAAUGUCAUAUUUG